GGGUAUGCGUGUUAAAGUAAGGAAGAAGCGGGGCGACGCCUUUCACCUGCCCGCGAUGCGAACUUCGACCCCACCCCCCCCCCCCCGACGGGUUGGAGGCCGUUUGCUCCGGCCGGGAUUGCUUGCAAACUUGCGCUAUUGCGCUUCUCCCCGUUCGGCACCGCGGGCAAGUGGGUUGGCUUAGCCCAGUCACCGCAGUGUCGCGCUUUUUUCGCCCCUGCUCUUGUUCUGCGAGCUCGAGUGGGAAAGAAAAGCACGAGCAUCGGGGCGAGGCGCUCUCGGGCCUUUUUUGCUGCGCGCAAAACGGCGAGCGGUUGGAACGAACAAAGUAAAAGUGCGCCUUUGGAAUGACGAGCUGACGGCGGGAUGGAUACUGGUUUGUCUACUUUUGUGUGGGCUCAGUUUCCCCAGAGUAGAAGCUGUCAAAAUAAGCAAACGUCCCAUGCACUCUCGAUCCUGUGCAGACCGACCUGAGGAGCUUUUGGAACAGCUGUAUGGAAGACUCACAGCUGGCAUGCUCAGUGCCUUCCAUCACACCCUGCAGUUGGAGCCUCUGGAAAAUGACCAGAACAUCAGUUGUCCUGUGGGAGGCAGGCUAGCUACUGAUAAGACAUAUCGGCUCCCCAUUAAUCUCAACAGUAUCUCUCCUUGGUCCUACAGAAUCUCCUACGAUUCUACCCGAUAUCCGAAAUACAUUCCUGAAGCCUACUGCCUUUGUAAGGGCUGUCUUACAGGUGAUUACGGAGAAGAAAAUCUUCAUUUUCGAAGUACGCCAGUAUUCAUGCCGACUGUCAUCUUGCACCGAACCACAUCCUGCACGGGCGGCCGCUAUGCUUACACUGAGGAUUAUGUCUCUAUUCCUGUGGGCUGCACCUGUGUACCAGAAAGUGAAAAAGAAGCACAAGUGAAUUCCAGCAUAGAUAAAAGAGCAGUAAAAUUGAUGGGAAAUCAGAAUAAUGACAAGCCAGCAUCCAAAUGAGGAAUGGAAAGGAGGCCAAAAACAAAGGAUGUUUCGGUUCAUGAUUUCUGUUUCAAAGAACUGCAAUGUCCCCUUCCUGCAACAGAGUUCAUCUCAGUUAAUUUCAUAGAACUUGGGGUCAAUUGUAAUUAAAAUUGUCCUUUCUUUAGAAACAGUGGAGUUUGCAAGAUGCCUUUUUCCUCAUAAUUGGAGACAUGACAAUUCCUGGGGAGUUGCAAUAUUGAAAUGCUGGGGGACACAUACAUUAAAGCAUUUUAAGAUAUGUAAAGGUGCUACAUAACCGUUCCAAACCUCAGUGCUUUGUUAUGCAAAUACUCAAAAUAUGCUGAGCAGGGAUGCAGCAUUGAUUUUUGUGUAUAAUAAAAUCUAGGUUCAACAGAUUUUGGAUCUAAUGGACAAAUUUUUCAUUUGGAUUGUUUAUCCAUCAAAUCACGCUUUUAUUGAAAAUUAUGCUAUUUGUAUCAAUUACAUAACACCCAGGACAUACAUUGAUGCAAAUGACAAAUUCAGAUUUAACAAACACUUAGACUUAAUGGAUGGCCCUCCCCACUCAGGGGUCUAUGAAAUUAAUGUUUCAUUGCAUUUUUCCUACAUCAUUACAGAUUGCAAGUGAGGGCCACUGAAAUGAAAGCAAGAAUAUAAAUGAAUAAUUAAAACAUUUUUCAAAGAAUGCU